AUGAGCCUUUUCCCCUCUCCGCCUCCCAGCUUUUUUCUCCUCUCCGCCUGCCCCUCAGCCUUUUCCCCCUCCCCGCAUCCCCUUCAGCUUUUCCCCCUUGCAGCCUCCCCUUUCAGCCAGAAAUGCCUGCGCCAGAACGCUCCUGAGCAGCCUGUGCGUCCCGUGGAUGUGUGGGUGAGGGGAAUGCCAGCGCAGCUCACACCGGCCCCUCUUGAGCAUCCACCUGCUUCUUUCUUCCCGCACUCCCCACCACCCAUGAACCAACUCUCCCCCUCCACCUGCCCCUCCUGCCACAGCUCUCUCCCCCGCUCCGUCUCUGUCAGCACGCUCUCGAGCAACUGCAUUGGAGUGAAGGGAAGCCUGUGUGCCCCACCCACCCCACCAAUCAGUAAGCACAGCCUGGCCGAUGCGCACCCGUUCCCCCUCUCAGCCCCCUCCACUUCCCCCUCGGUUCCCCCACUCGCGGCUCCUCUCGCGCCCUUCCUUGCGCCCGCGCUCCUGCCCCUGGCGCGCGCUCUCCCCCAUUCCCUCUCUCCCCCCUUUAACCACCCCUCCGCCUGCCUCUUCUCCCCCAUCUUGCUCUGCAUCCUGCCCCGUUUUCUCCCACCCGGCGCAACGUUUCCGCCAAACUCGAACCACACACGCCCACAUCUUCCCUCUCCCCUCCAUGCGCCUUCCCCUCCCCCUCCGUACGGCCGUCCAUCAUUGCUGGCCCCAUCUGCGCCCUUUCUCCCACUGGCGCGCAAACCUACUUCCGCAGACUCUCGAGGAGGCGGCGGUAGAGGUGAGAGCGCAGCGCGGGUGGCGGCGGUUAGGAGAAUAUCCACGCAGAGCGCGACUGGCGCGGGCUUCCGCCGCCUUUUCGAGUCGCCGCCGCCACCCCCGCCUGUGCUGCUUGCAGAGAUGGGGGGUGAGAUGGUGGUGGUGGAAGCAAGAUGGUGGUGGGAGUCAGAGGGCUGGUGGUGGGCUGAGCUUGCCACAUUCGUCUCCUCCCUUCACCUCCCCGUCCUUCUCCUCCCACCCCUCUUCCUUCUUCCCCUCCUCUUCCUUCUCCUCACCUACUGCAUCUCCCCCCCUCCCCUCCUCACCACCUUUGCUCCUCUCAGCCCUCGUCAUCUCUUGCUCCUUCCCUUAUCCCUUCCCUUCUCCCGUCUCUCUUCCCGUCUCUCCUCUCUCUCUCCACCCUUGCCCUCGCCUACCUACUGCUUUCCAUCCACCUCCUAUCUAUCACCCACUGUCCCGUCCACGCUCUGCCCCCACUUCUGCACCUCUUCCCGCAUGCUUCAUCCUCUACCCACGCCCUUCUCUCCUCCCCCCUGCCCUCCAUCCCACCUUCCCCUAACCUUUCCCCCACCUCCCCUCCCGCCACCACUGUGGCAGUACACGCCCCGUCACGUCUCUUUCCACCCAUCCCGUGCCUCCUGCAUACCUCCCACCAUUGCCAUCGCUCCCAUUCUCCCCAUGCCUCAAACCAUCGCCAUGGGUUUCAUCAAGCCCAAGCCUCCCACCACUCCGGUUCUCGCGCACUCGCCCUUCCCGGCUGGCUUCCACGUGAACCCCGGCGCAACCCCCCCCCCCCCCCCCCGCCCAACCUCUUGCCUCUGGCGCAUGAUCUCCCCCGUUCCCUCUCUCUCCCGCCUUUCCCACCUCUCCGCCUGCCUCUUCUCCCCUCCUCUUCUCUCCUGCUCCGCCCCCUGUUCCGCCUCCUCCCGCCCCUCGCCUCGCGUCUGCCAAACUCAAACCACACGCGCCCACAUCCCCCUUUUCGCCUCCCCUCCAUGCACCUCACCUCCCCGCUCCGCCUCCCUUCCACCCCCGCGCGGUCGCCCGUCACUGCUACCCCCAUCUGCGCUCCCCACCCACUGGCGCUCCCUCGGAGGCGGCGGUAGGGGCGCGCGCUCCCUCUUCGCGCCGCUGCCACCGCCGCCGCCGCCGCCGCCACUCCGGCCCGUGCUUCUCACAGCGACACAUGCUGCGUCUGCCGCUUCCGCCGCUGGGAGCCCCGCCUGCGCGCGCAUGCUUGCCCCAACCGCCAUUGCUGCUGCUCCCCGCGCAUAUGCUGCCGCAGCUCUCCGCUAUCGCAAAUUGUUUUUUUGUCACUUUAUCGCCGUGGACAGUCGCUCAAUUGUCGCUAUCCGUCGCUCGCGUCGCAGUCCGUCGCUCUCUCAUCGCCGCACGUCGCGCUGUGUCAUCUCUUGUCUGUCGCUCUGA